AUGAAAUUAUGUCCGUCUGGUGGUAAAUCGUUUAUCACUGCUUGGCAUCUAUCCUGCAUCAUUAAGAAAAAACGAUCAUCAUCUUCACAAGAGAAACAAAAUUGGAAAAACGAUGCUUAUCGACCAUUAUCAAUGAUUGAAAUGAUGCAUUAUUGCUGUAAUGUCGGUUGCAAAAUUAAGGAUUUACUGCCAUACUGUGAUCCAUUUGAUAAUUAA